GGCAGUUCAGUGGACUUUUAGAGAGAAGCAGCCACACAACUAGAGGAGAAGCUUCUUUUACUCUUUAACGGUGCGUGCAAUUUUCACCUUCUAAAGUCUUCGAACAGAUCCCGUUUUUGAAGCUGAAAGGAAAAUGACGCUCAACAGUGUUUUGGAUUUGCUCCAAGAGAAUGUGGAGAAGCCUCGCUUCUGCAAGUCUCUUCCUUUAGGAGAAAACUGGAAAUCUAAAUCCAUGAGGAUUAUUCCUGAAGAGUUUGUGAGAAGAACGAAUAGUGCAUUUGAGCACGGGCUAGUGUUUAGUGUUUCUUGGGGCAAUUCAUGGCAACUCUGGCUCCAAAGAGACAAGAAUGGUCUGUUUAUGGAAGAAGAAGAUUGGGAUGAGUUUGUUGAUGACAACUUGUUAGGUCCAAAUGAUAUCUUGUUCUUCACACAUGAAGACACAAUGUUUACUGAAGUGAGAAUCUAUAAAAAAGAUGCACACUUCUUCAAAGAGAUCAUCUCAGCACCUCUUGCAGCUGAGCCACAGACUUCUUCUCACCAGGAAACCACUUCCUUUGCUUCUGCAUCUGCCUCAGCAAGUAGAGUGAAACAGAGCAGUUCCUAUGUCCAAAACCCUGAGAAGUACCUCAUAAAUCCCAAAAACCCUUACUUUGUGAAGACAUUGUCCAAAAAGCUCGAUGUUCUGUAUGUGCCUCAUGUGACGAUUCAGAAGUAUGGUUUGAAGUUUGGUCCUCAUAAGUCUCCCAUGCAUUACCUUCUUCCCAGAGAAAGACACGAGGCUAUGACUAAGCACUACGGCAAUCAUAGCACUUGUUUCAAUGGCUGGGCAGCUCUAUGUAAGAAGUACAACAAGAAAGAAGGAGACAGUGUUGUUUGUGAACUUGAACGCUCUGGUGGUGUGGUUACUGCUGUUAGAGUGCAUUUUGUAGAUGAAUGAAGAGAUCAAGAGACCUCUCUUGUCUCUUUCCUAUGAGUUAAGCUUCCUAUAAGUGUUUACCAACUUACUAUUGUAUUGCAACAGUUAAGUAAUUGUCUGUGUGGUACUACUGUAAUUUAAGAGAUUUUUUUAAAAAAAAAUUUAAGAUCUUUCUUGUGACUUUGUUUCAUAAUUCAUAUAAUCUCUCCUUU